AUGCAACGUGUGUUGGCGUACUGUUUUCGUUUCACCCAUCGAAAUAUUCCUAAGAGCAGUGGACCAAUCACUCGGAUGGAAUACGAACGUGCCCUGAACGCAGCUAUUUUAUGUACGCAAAUGACAUAUUUGUCGGAUCUACAUAAACAGAUCCAAAAUCAAGGUUCCAUAACUCCGACAACGAUAGUCCAGCUCGCUCCCUUCAUCGAUUCAAAUGGAAUCAUUCGAGUUGGCGGAAGAUUAAAAUGUGCAUUAUUAGAUGAAAAUGCAAAAUAUCCUAUUCUUUUGCCGUCUCUUUGGUCGAGCAGCUGUCUUUUUCAAUUUCAGUCAGCAAGUUACAGUAACUGGUGUAUGCAUGUACCCAAGCCAUUUAAGAGAUUAUCCUUUUUGGAAAAUCUUCUUCUGAAAAAACUGUUUCCACUAACUGUUCUACAUGGCGGUUAA